CACCACGUGGAUGCCGCGUUUUCCAGUCUGGAAAGUAGAGAGAGAUCUUCAUUGUGAAUCUCCUUCACCUAGAAAGACUAUAACCUGUUGAAGAGUCUUGAAAAUAAAGAGCAGGCCUCCGAGAUGGGCAAGAAGCGCAAAUCUCCAAGAAAGCUAGAAGAGAAAGACAGAGACAUAGCGGCAGCUGCUGUAGAUUUCCCCAGUAACACAGUCGACCAUGAUGCCGACCGUUUCAGCCCUCAGUGGUCGAUCUUCAGGGUUCCAGCGCAUAUUCGUCAGGUCGAUGAGAAGGCGUACAACCCUAGGGUCAUCUCGAUCGGCCCGUUCCAUCGGAACCAGCACGCCUUGAGAGCCAUGGAAGCUCAGAAGGAGAGGUUCUAUGAGCGCCUCCUCGCGCAGAUGGGUUACGAAGAUUCUGACGAGCGCAUCAAGACAGCGAUGAGGAAAUUGGAGCCCGAUGCAAGGAACUGUUACUCGGAGGAGUUCAACGAUAUUAGCUCCGACGAGUUUGUCGAAAUGAUGGUUCUUGAUGGUUGCUUCAUUGUGGAACUCUUGAGGCUUUACCAUGAGAGCAAUCAGGACGAAGAGGGACAAUUUGUGGAAGAACCAAUGUUUGCAACAAGAUGGAUGCUACCCAACGUCACUAGAGAUCUUCUCAUGCUCGAGAACCAAUUGCCGAUGUUUGUGUUGCAAGAGAUCUACAACCUCACGACGUCCGACAAGAAUGCGACGCCCCUAAACAAGCUUGCCCUCCUAUUCAUGGAGCCUCUGAGGCUGCAGAAGGGACAGUACGACGAUAUCAUGUUGGACGACAGGGGCAAGCAUCACCAUCUCCUCGCGCUAUUCCACUCGAGCUUCAUCCCCUCCGCCAAUCACCGUUCACGAAGUAAAGGGGGCGCUCGAUGGAACAGGCUCGAGAAUUUCCCAGGGAGGCUGUGGGUGCACGAGGCAAAGAAGCUAUCGAGAGCCGGCAUCCGGUUCAAGUACAACCCCAGCAACCUCCUCAACAUAGAGUUCGUGAAUCGGGAGCUCAAGAUCCCCACCCUAUUCAUCGACGAGUCCACAGGGCCACUCCUGAGGAACUUAGUGGCUUAUGAGCAGUGCAACGCUUUCGCCGCACCAUAUUUCACCUGUUACGCGAUCUUCCUCACCAGCAUCAUCGAGACCCUGGAGGACAUCGAGAUCUUGCAAGACGCCGGCAUCAUAAUUCAAUCGGUGGACGACGACGAAGAGGUGGUGGACCUCAUCAACAGCCUCACCAAGGAGCUUGUGUUUGAUAUGCACGACCUCAGCGAUUGCUUCAUAGCCCAGCAAAUUGAGGACAUCAAUAAAUUUUGCAAAUCUUGGCUGAGCAAGUGCAUUUUUCAGCUCUCACGUUUUGAUAAUAUCUUGUCAUACAUUUUACCAUUCGAAUAGAGGUGAAAAAAGUAGCUUUACCAAAAGUUUAUUUUAUUGUUACCAAUUUCAAUUAACAUUCCGUAUUUUUCGGCACCAAAUGAUAGAACUUUGCUGUA